CAGCGCAAGCCAAUGGCGCAAAGGGGAGGGCCUGGCUCAGCCAAUUAGCAAAAGAGCACCUUAUGAUUGGAGGAGGCGGUCGGUUUGAAUGUCGCGGUUGUGCAAGUUGUUUUUCAUUGUGCGGCACGGGAGUGGGAAGCGAGCAGUGAUACCGAGUGGCCUUGGAUACCUGACCCCCUCCACUUGUUGCUAUGGGAUCCGCCGACUCUAAAGCCCAAGUAACCCCUUCCCGUCCUCUCCGAAAUCACCUGCUGUCCCGUGUGAAUGACCCGCGCUCCCCGACCACCGGCAUUCCCAGGACUCCUAUUGAGGUGGGGGAGUCUCCCCGGAACACCCCCCAGACAGUUAAAGAGGAGGAGGAGGAGAUACCUGAUAGCCCAGAGAUCUUUGAUCCACGUUCCCCUACCAAUGGAAUCACACGCACACCCCUCAGACCCCCCAUACAUGCUGUUCUGAACAAUCUGGCAAAGCAGUUAAGUGAGGUGUUUGUGGCAGAGGAUUCAUCGACUGAAGGGGGUCCAUUGGGAUUUACUGGUCCCGAGGCUACUAAUCUUGAGAGGCAAGUAGUAGAGUCCCAAACAGCGCCUCCUGCAGGAGAACAUGUAAAUGAUCAGGAGGUGGAGCCAUCAGUAGAAAAGGCAGAGACUCAGAUUGAUCUUAAAGUGUGUCCAGGAGUAGAAAAGGUGAAGAGUCCGAUAGCUGAGAUGUUGGAGACUCUGAAUGAUCAGGAGGAGAGUCCAAUCGCUGAGACAUUGGAGACUAUGAAUGAUCAGGAGGAGAGUCCAAUCGCUGAGACUAUGAAUGAUCAGGAGGAGAGUCCAAUUGCUGAGAUGUUGGAGAAUCUGAAUGAUCAGGCAGAAAGUCCAAUCGCUGAGAUGUUGGACACUCUGAAUGAUCAAGAGCCUGUUGCAGUGGCCCAGUCUGUGGUAUCCACUGAAUCUACUCAGGCUACCGGACAACAGCAGAAGACACGGGGGAAAUCUCCACGUUCAUCAGGUGUAAAGAACGUCCGUCAGCGUCCCAGAAAAGCGUUGCUGUCCUCAUCCUCUGGUCGCUCUCCUCUCCGAAUCCUACAGGAGGAUAACUCUCCCAACACUAAUACACAACACAGACAGGCUAAGAAGUUGUCCUUCCAGUCAGAGCCUGCGCUGCCCCACCGAGCACUUAAAAUCUCACACCCCAACUGGGAGUCGUCCCUCAACAAAGAGAACGCAGAGUACGGCCACAGCAACAGCUGAAUGAUUUUAAAGGGGAAAUAAUCGUAAUAUUUCCAUUUAUUCUCACGAGUAUCUGAGCAAAUCUCUCAUUACCCCUGAUUAAUAAAGGCAAGAGAAUCCUUGUGCCCAACAAGAUAUUUCUCAUGGAACGGGAACGUUAUUAAGGACUUGCUGCUGUGGCCCUGCUCUUGGGUGUAUAAGUCUGCUGGAAAAACCUUUUAAAUUCUAUUUGUGUAAAUAUUCCUGUGUGUUUGUGCCUGUGCAGUUCUGUCUGUGUAAGAAUAAUAAAUACGAUUUUACUUGUU